CACAAAUGCCCUCUCCGGUCCUCCCCAGACUCUUGUUUGCCAUAGAGACGCGCAUUUGCCGGUUCCAGAGCGUCGCAAACAAGAACCCGGAAGUCGGCCUCGCAUAGUGCAGUUCUAUAACGCUCUAUGGUGCGCAGGUGGUGGUGGGGGGGGCAGGGAGAAGACGGAAAGAAACAACAUAAUUCUUUUCCCCCCCAGAACCACCACCACCGUUAAGAGUUGAAGAAUGGCGCAAAUGGACUUCUCAAAUGUGACCCAUGAUGUAUUCAAUUUCACCCUUCAUACCACCCUGGCCCUCACCACAAAACUAGUGCUUCCUACACCUGCCAAACCAAUCCUCCCAGUGCAAACUGGCGUCCAGGCUCAACAGGAAGAACAAUCGAGUGGCAUGACUAUAUUCUUUAGUCUCCUUGUAUUAGCUAUUUGCAUCAUAUUGGUGCAUUUAUUGAUAAGAUACAGACUGCAUUUUUUGCCGGAGAGUGUUGCUGUUGUUUCUUUAGGUAUCUUGAUGGGUGCAGUUAUAAAAAUUAUAGAAUCUCAAAAGCUGGCCAACUGGAAGGAGGAAGAAAUGUUUCGUCCUAAUAUGUUUUUUCUUCUUUUACUUCCGCCGAUUAUAUUUGAAUCUGGGUAUUCAUUGCACAAAGGAAACUUCUUCCAAAACAUAGGUUCCAUCACCUUGUUUUCUGUGAUUGGGACAGCUAUUUCAGCUUUCAUAGUUGGCGGAGGAAUUUACUUUCUUGGUCAGGCUGAUGUAAUUUAUAAACUGAAUAUGACUGACAGUUUUGCCUUUGGCUCCUUGAUCUCUGCUGUUGAUCCAGUAGCUACUAUUGCUAUCUUUAAUGCUCUUAAUGUGGACCCUGUGCUUAACAUGCUGGUCUUUGGAGAAAGCAUUCUCAAUGAUGCAGUCUCAAUUGUCCUGACAAAUACAGCAGAAGGUUUGACGAGAGAACAUACAUCUGAUGUAAGUGGAUGGCAAACCUUUUUACAAGCACUGGCUUACUUUCUGAAGAUGUUCUUUGGUUCUGCAGCACUGGGGACACUGACUGGUCUUAUUUCUGCAUUAGUACUGAAACAUAUUGAUUUACGAAAAACUCCUUCCCUUGAGUUUGGAAUGAUGAUUAUCUUUGCAUAUCUUCCUUAUGGACUUGCAGAAGGAAUUUCUCUCUCAGGUAUCAUGGCUAUCUUGUUUUCCGGCAUCGUAAUGUCUCAUUACACCCAUCAUAAUCUUUCUCCGGUUACACAGAUCCUAAUGCAGCAGACUCUGAGAACUGUUGCAUUCAUGUGUGAAACAUGUGUUUUUGCAUUUCUGGGCCUGUCAAUUUUUAGCUUCCCUCACAAGUUUGAAAUGUCCUUUGUCAUCUGGUGCAUAGUGCUUGUCCUUUUUGGUAGAGCAGUCAAUAUUUUCCCCCUCUCUUAUUUGCUCAAUUUCUUCCGUGAUCACAAGAUCACUCCCAAAAUGAUGUUCAUCAUGUGGUUUAGUGGCUUACGUGGGGCAAUUCCAUAUGCCUUGAGCCUCCACUUGGGCCUGGAACCAAUUGAGAAGCGGCAGUUGAUUGGCACUACCACAAUCAUCAUUGUGCUGUUCACAAUCUUAUUGCUGGGUGGAGGAACAAUGCCUUUAAUCAGGCUGAUUGACAUUGAAGACUCUAAAGCCCGGCGGAAGAACAAGAAGGAUAUCAAUCUCAGCAAAACAGAGAAAAUGGGAAACACCAUUGAAUCUGAACACUUAUCUGAACUGACAGAGGAAGAAUAUGAAGCUCAUUAUAUAAAGCGGCAGGAUCUCAAAGGCUUUAUGUGGCUUGAUGUCAAAUAUUUGAAUCCUUUCUUUACCAGACGGCUCACCCAAGAGGACCUACAUCACGGGCGCAUACAGAUGAAAAGCCUCACCAACAAAUGGUACGAGGAGGUACGACAAGGACCUUCUGGAUCAGAAGAUGAUGAGCAGGAGUUGCUGUAGCAGGCUUUUGGGUGUGCACGCUUCUGCUGACAUCUCCAACUUUAAUUUUAAGGCAGACACUCACACACAUACCAUGUACAACUUGGUAAGGUUGUUGUCAAGUGACUCUUUGUCCAAUAUAAAGUUGUGUCUUGUGCUGGAAUGCAAGAUCAUCUCUAAUGCCAUUUUUUAAAACUCUUUUGAAAUUAUGGCACCUGUUCAGGCAGCAAUUAUCCCAAAUACACUGGGAUAAUUAAUGGAUAAUAGGAUAAUUAGAAACAUGGGUGGCACUGUCUGUGAUUUUCGGCUGUAAAUGUACGUUAAAGAAAAUUCUGUAGAAGAGCUUUAAAAAAAUUUUUAGUGCACUUUACUGUACUUUUGCCAAUAUAUUGGCCCUGUACCGGAAGGACAAUGCUGUGAAUUUAUAUUGAUGGUAAGCAAGUAAGUGAUUAUUUAAGGCCUAUCUCUUGCUCUUUAAAUAUUUAAUGAACUCAGGGUACAGAGUGACAGAAAACAGAAGCAGCUAAUUAAAGCCCCUUGGCCUUUGGGAUUUUUAGAAAUGUUUGUUCCAAUUUGUUAUUUCUAAGUUUGAAACAAGUUGACACACAGUUCCAUACCAUAACUACAGAUCAUUUGGUUACAGAAUAAAGUUUUAUUUGAAAUCUA